UCUCCUCCUCCGUCACACUCACCGUGCACUACAAGCCGGACGUGACGAUCCGCCGCCUGUUGCCGGCGGGGAAUCCGGUGGAAGGCUCCGAGCUGCAGCUGCAGUGCGACGUGGACAGCAAACCGCCGGCGCAGGCGGUGGUCUGGUGGGGCCCUCGCGGAGGAGGAGGAGGAGGAGGAGCCGCUGGCGGCCGUGGCGACGAGGAGGACGAGGAGGCGGAGGACGAGGAGGCGGAGGGAGGAGGGGGCGGGGGCGGGGGCUUCUCUGAGCGCGUCAACCUGGACGGCAAGGGCGGCCUGCGCAUCGGGGCGCUCAACAAGAGCGACAACGGCACGUACCGCUGCCUGGCUCGCAACGCCGUGGGCAGCAGCCACCGCGACUUCACCCUCAUCGUGCAUGACCCCGGCAUCCAGGAGCGCCAGGCCGGCACGGACACGGCGGUGAUCGGCGGCGUGGUGGCGGUCGUGGUGUUCGCCACGCUCUGCCUGCUCAUCGUGCUCGGGCGAUACCUGGCACGACACAAAGGGACGUACCUCACCCACGAGGCGAAGGGGGCGGAGGACGCCCCGGACGCGGACACGGCCAUCAUCAACGCGGAGGGCGGCCCCGCCACCAACGAGGAGAAGAAGGAGUACUUCAUCUGACGGGGGGCCGGCCACCUCGCCCCGGUGCAGCCCGCAAGCCCUCCACGUCCCCCCCCCCCCCCACCAACCCCCUGCCACCACCACC